ACACGUACUGACUUCCGGCCGGACAGCGUUCAGUGCGCGCGCCUCGACUGUCAGUUGGUUGGUUUUGCGCGUUCUCGUGAAGCUGAGUCGAGUAAAGUGGACGCACAUUUUUGAAGACCGUUUAAAAGUUCAUAUAUCUGCGACAGAAGCCAUGUCAACCGAUUCGUGGGCUUUAGCCGUGGACAAUCAAGAGUCUACACCCAAGUCUAUCCAGAACUCGCGGAUUUUGGAAGCGGGAAAUUUAGCUUGGACUAAUGUUUCCCCUCAUGUAGAUGAUGCUGACAAACCCGAAGAAGAGGAAAAAGGUAGUCUAAAAGAGGACAAAGCCACACAGUCUCUCCUGAAUAAAUUAAUCAGAAGCAAUGUGGUCAACAACACGAACCAAGUGGAGGUUCUUCAGAGAGACCCAAACUCACCACUGUAUUCAGUCAAGACUUUUGAGGAGCUGAGGCUGAAACCUCAGUUGCUCAAAGGCGUCUAUGAAAUGGGCUUCAACAGACCUUCUAAAAUCCAAGAGAAUGCCCUUCCCAUGAUGCUCGCCGAACCACCUCAGAAUCUGAUCGCUCAGUCUCAGUCUGGCACUGGUAAAACAGCCGCCUUCGUGCUGGCCAUGCUCAGUCAUGUGGACCCGGGCUUAAAAUGGCCUCAGUGUUUGUGCAUUUCUCCUACAUAUGAGCUCGCUCUGCAGACGGGUAAAGUCAUCGCGCAAAUGGGCAAGUUUUAUCCUGAAGUUAAACUGGCAUAUGCUGUUCGAGGACAUAAAAUGGAGCGUGGCGUUAAGAUCAAGGAGCAGAUCGUCAUCGGCACACCUGGGACGGUUCUGGACUGGUGCGUCAAGCUCAAGCUCAUCGACCCGAAAAAGAUCAAAGUGUUUGUUCUGGAUGAGGCUGAUGUCAUGAUCGCCACACAGGGACACCAAGACCAGAGCAUCCGCAUUCAGAGAAUGCUGUCCAAAGGCUGUCAGAUGUUACUUUUCUCUGCCACCUUUGAGGACUCUGUGUGGAAGUUUGCCGAGCGUGUCGUGCCGGAUCCCAACAUCAUCAAGCUAAAACGUGAAGAGGAGACGCUGGACACUAUCAAGCAGUAUUAUGUGCUCUGCAAUUGCAAGGAGGACAAAUUCAACGCGCUCUGUAACAUCUAUGGAGCCAUCACUAUCGCACAAGCUAUGGUCUUCUGUCAUACUCGAAAAAUGGCCAACUGGCUUUCCGCCCAGCUGUCUAAAGAGGGCCACCAGGUGGCGCUCCUCAGCGGGGAAAUGGUGGUUGAGCAGAGAGCAGCGGUUAUUGAACGUUUCAGACACGGCAAGGAGAAAGUUCUCAUCACUACUAAUUGUUGUGCAAGAGGGAUUGAUGUUGAACAAGUGUCAGUGGUGAUCAACUUUGACCUUCCUCUGGACAAAGAUGGCAAUCCAGACAAUGAAACGUACCUCCACCGGAUCGGUAGGACUGGACGCUUUGGCAAGAGAGGACUCGCUGUCAACAUGGUGGACAGUCAGCGCAGCAUGGAGAUUCUCAAGACAUACGAGAGGCAUUUUAAUAAGAAAAUUUUGAGGCUGGACACGGAUGAUCUCGACGAAAUUGAAAAAAUCGCCAACUGAAGAGAUGAAGAGCGAAAUCCACAUUUUUUUGCUUAAAAAUCAGUUCUGCUGUUACCGUAUGAUGUUUACAUCAAUUAUCAGUGCAUAAUCAAAAGAAUGCGCUUCGACUUGAGCUUAAUGCCAAAUAAUUUUGAUUACAGGACCUUUUGAGUCAGUUUGCAUUUGACAAGUGUGUUUUGAUUUAGAAGUGAAUUGCAAUACUAAUUCCUACAUUAACACAGGCAUUUUGUCUGUUAUCUACUUGACUAAUGAAGCAUAUCUUGCAGUGUUGCAAUACCUUUUGGUCUUAUGUGUGAAUAGAAUCAUAACAGGCUUCAGUAUUUAUUCUUUCACAGUAUCUGAGAUGAGAAAAGUCAGCAAGUAAGAGAAUCUUAGGUAAAUAUAAUUAACCAUUGGGAUUUCAUCUACUUGCCUACUAAUUCGCACUAAAUUAUAAAGCGCACAAAUGACACAGUCCCUUAAGACCAACUCAAAACACUAACAUUCCUCAAGAGCACUUCAGAAUAAAUAGACAUUUUGUAAUGGGACUAUUAUACUUCAUACUUGAACUGCAAAAACCUUUUGGAGGAAGAAAGAGUUCUUGUUCUUUUCAGAAAGACCAAAUAUUAGUUUGAUCUUUAAGUUGCACUGAAUUGUUUGGACAUUUGCUUGCACUUUCUGUUCGGUUGCAGGAAAUGCGGCACUUUUACAAAGGGCUACUGAAGAGUGGUUGUUGUUUUGUAGCUAUAUUGUUUGAAAUGGCUGCUCUACUCUUGUUUGCGAAAUGCAAAAUUAUUUUAGUUUGUUUACAUUUUUGAUGCUCAAAGUUAUGCACUUUGUUUGACAGAAACCCAUUUGCAAUUGCAUUUAGCAUUGCAGGUUUUUUUGUACUUUUGCUGCAUUUAGGGUUUUAUAGUUGUUUGCUCUAAAUUCGUAUAUUAAAACUACCAGAUGGCUCA